CAUUUUGGCAGGUAUAAGCAGUUUUUUUUCCAUGCUGAGGCCAGCUCCUCGACCUUAUCUCCGCGGGAGGUACCUACGAUGAGAACUAUUUAAGACGCCUCGCAGCGCUGGGACGGCACUGAGCUCCGUGGAAGCCGAGCAUCUAGACAUGACGAGCAGCAACCGUUUCGUGGCUCUUCUUCUUCUUCUUCUGUGCUCCAGAGCGUCUUCCUUCAGAUUCGAGGAGCUCACGCAGUACGUCAACAGCCACGAAGAGCAAUUCGUCGAGACUCUGAGGCAGUGGAUCUCUGUGGAGAGCGACUCCAGCGAUGUUACGAAGAGAUCCGACCUGCACCGAAUGAUGGACAUGACGGCCGAGAAACUCAGACUCAUCGGAGGACGCGUGGAAAUGCUGGAAAUCGGGACACAAGCGCUGGUCAACGGAAGCAGCAUUGAUCUUCCUAAAGUGGUCACGGCUCAGUUUGGGGACGAUCCCAGCAAACGAACCGUCUGUGUUUACGGUCACGUGGAUGUCCAGCCGGCCAGGAGAGAGGACGGAUGGGCCACAGACCCGUACCAGCUCACAGAUAUCGACGGAAAUCUCUACGGAAGAGGAGCGUCUGAUAAUAAAGCUCCGGUUCUGGCCUGGAUCCAUACGGUGGAGGUCUACAAAGCCCUGAACAUCGAUCUGCCGGUGAACGUCAAGUUCAUCAUCGAGGGGAUGGAGGAGACCGGCUCCAACGGCCUGGACGCUCUGAUAGUGGCUCAGAAAGACUCGUUCUUCUCAGACGUGGAUUAUAUCGUCAUCUCUGACUGCGUGUGGCUCAGCAAGCGUCCGGCGCUGACCUACGGCACCAGAGGAAACUGCUACUUCUUCGCCGAGGUCGAGGGACCGAAGAAGGACCUGCACUCGGGGCUUUACGGAGGAACGGUGAUAGAGCCCAUGACGGACCUGAUCGGCAUCUUAGAUAAACUGAUCAGCCCCAGCGGGAAGAUCCUGAUCCCCGGCGUCCGAGAAGCGGUGGCUCAUCUGUCCGACGAGGAGUGGAAGACGUACCAAGACAUCGAGUUCGACCUCCAGAGCUUCCAGAGCGAGAUCGGCCUGAGCCAGCUCAUGUACAGCAACAAGGUGGAUCUUCUCGCCCAUCGCUGGCGUCACCCGACCGUCUCCAUCCACGGCAUCGAGGGCGCCUUCUCCUCGCCCGGCACCAAGACGGUCAUCCCGGCCAAAGUCAUCGCCAAGUUCUCCAUCCGCCAGGUUCCUAACAUGGACCCGGCCGUGGUGGAAAAACAGGUGACCGAUUACUUGCAUUCGGUGUUCGCGAAGCGCAAGAGUCCCAACAGACUCAACGUCACGAUGGUCAUCGGGGCCAAACCUUGGCUGGCCGACCCCAAACACCCGCUGUACGAAGCUGGAAGAGCAGCGGUCAAGACAGUGUUUGGCGUGGAGCCGGACCUGAUCCGAGAGGGAGGCACGAUCCCCAUCGCCAGGACCUUCCAGGACGUCACGGGGAAGAGCAUCAUCAUGCUGCCCAUCGGAGGCUUCGACGACGGCCUGCACUCACAGAACGAGAAGAUCAGCAGAUACAACUACAUCGAGGGAACCAAGCUGUUCAUCGCCUACCUGCAUGAAGUGUCUAAGAUCAAGAAGUACUGAUGUGAAGAUCUCUGGAACGAACAAGCAGCUCCAUUACUACUAACACACAUAUACGUCAAAUUAAAGUGUUUUGCAAUGCA